ACUGUCAUAAACGACAAUAGUCGAAAUCAGAAUGAUAACAUGUUUAUCGCGUGAUAACACCGGCGAACAAUCGAACAGCUAAUAAUUUAAUUAAAAUUGUAAGUGGUUUAUGUAGAAAAAUCAAGAAAGGAUAGAAGCAAUCUGUAUAGUUUGUGACAUUUGACCUUAUCAAUAUCAACGUCGCUACUUCUUAUCAUCAGUGGUAUCAACACUGCCAGUGGUCGUCUGUUUUACACAGUUUUAUCGUUGUUUAACAUUUGAGAACACUCAGACGUGUAAUAAUAUUAUUAUGGAAUUAACUUUUUCCAAAAUGACAGUAGACACGAGUCUCGCGAAGGAAUAUGUAAAAGGAAAUAAAGCUCUAACGGAAUUAUACAAUGAUUAUGAAGGUAAUGUUAAAAAAGGCACCGUUAGCUAUGGAGGAGUUUUUGAAAAAGUCUAUGAAACUUACUCUGAAGAAGAAAUCCAGAGUAUUCUGUGGAACUUGGCUGCUAGGUUGAAACAGAAUAGUGAACUGAUAGUACAGCUGGAGUACCACUUCAGAAAUAUACCAGUAGAAGACACCAAGGCACAAUUAAGUGUUCUCAUCCAGUACUUCAACAGCUGUUCAAAAAUAUGGUUAGAAGAGUAUGAAGGAUAUUGUGAAUAUUUGACAUUUGGUGAUUAUCUUCUUCAUUUGACAAAUGUGGGGAUUAUGAUGUUGUGGAACAGCCACAUCACCCUCCGUGCUUCCACCAAGGAGCAUGUGGCAAUCUGUCACCUGUUUGUAACUCUGUGCCGUGAAGCUGGAUGGCUGAAUAUACAUUUAGAAUGUUCAGAUAAUGAUCUCACGACAAAUGGAGCAGGUCUCAAACACGGUGCUGUGGCCGUUGUCUCUGAAGAUGCUGAUCUCGACUCCGCUGUUGAUAAGUUUCUCUCAUCGUCCAAACAGGUGCCGUGGUACUUGCGCAGGGUUCUGGUACAAGAGAGUGUUUACAAGCAAUUUAAGGACGCCCUCAACUGGAAAUGUUCUUUGAAAAAAAACGAAAACAAUCCUGUUCUGCCCAGCGCUUUGUGUUCUCAAGCUUUGACUUAUGAAGGACGAACGUUCCUCAUAGACCCCGUGGAAGUUGUGGGAGAGAAGCAGUCGGUCAUCACUAUCGAAGCUUACAGGACAACAAAAGAAAUGAUAUCCAUGCUGCAACAAGACGAACCUCACUACUUGUCACUAUGGAUUAAUGGAAUAGCGCAAAUUAAUGAAGUGACUCAGAGUACAAAGUCAAGUGUCGUGUGGGUGAACAACAUCGGCGACAUAAGAGGACCCCCUCACGUAGGAAGAACGCUCUAUCCCUCAUUUGUACAUAAAAAUUGCUAUGUAUUAUCAUUUGACGAGAAAAAUGAUAAGAUCCUUAAGCUUGUCAAGCUCUCUAAGCCGUGGUCGAAACUAGACUUGGAAAGUCGACGCGAUAUUCUCAUCAACGUACUAAGAAAAUGUAUUCCAUUUAACUCGACUUUAGUCAACGACUAUAAUAGCGUAAGAAAUUCAGUUAUGAACUUCACAAACGAAUCUUUUGUGCAAGCUGGAAAAGAUUAUACUUGUAGGGGAAUUUGGACACCUGUAGACUUCAUUGCAAUCCCAGGCACCAAGCUGUCUUUCAGUUUAGUAGUUAAAUUAGUGUUACAAGGUAAUGCGUUAGUUGUGUGCGAAGAUUCAGUUUCAGAAAAAGUCUGGUACGCCAAAUUACUUGAAGAAGCAGGAGUACCUGUUGUUACAGUAAAAGAAUGUCGCACUGGAAAUUUCAAAGCAAAAGAAUAUUGUGAAGAUAACGGAACUCGAAGCCUCCAAGUCAUUUGGACAAACUCCGGAACAAUUUUCGCGAACUAAUUUUACCAAUUCGUACAUUUAAUAAAAAUAAAUAAGUAAAUAGUGUUUAAGCAUUUUGUAUGUACGUUUCGUAAGCCAGCCAUAUUCACAUGUUAAGAUUAAUGAAUUUUUGUUGUUUAUACAAGUUUAUACAAUAUAUUAUAUUUUGUACGUUUCUUUUUUAUAA